AUGAUGGGAGAGGAGGUAUGUCUACAAGGGGCGGCCUUAGGACAUGGUAUUGACGUGGCCUCUGACAUCGAGGAAGAUGGAUUCUCUGGUAAAACGUUCUUUAUGAGUGCGAAGGAUUGCAUUGAUGGGUAUUGCAUUCAACCUGGAAAGGGCACAUUCGUAUUGCCCAAACAUAUCCGGCUGGCUCGAGGGUGCUACGCUAAAGCCAGCGACGCUGACCGAGAAGCGGACGUUUUGGACUUACACAGCCCAAUACAUAAAAACAAAAGGGGUCGCAACUCGCAUUACAGUUUCUGGUCACGUGUUGACGCGGGGGAAAUUAAAAUCCAACGAACGCUUGACGAGUGGCGCUUGUCGGCUGCUGCAACGCCAACGUAUGAAGUGCACAAGAACAUCUCCAACUACGAGAUUAGCACGACUAAUCUGGGGGACUACCCGUACAAAUCCACGCCAUUUGGAGAUGUAUACUAUUCGCCGAGGUACAGCGACCACAAGUACACGUACAGGUUCGUGAUACUCACCAAGGGGGUGAGGAACGAGGCGCAUCGCAUCCUCAAGAAUUGCGGGGCACACUUCCUUACGGAAGCGCAAAUCAUCCACCAGCUGGGAAUCGACCUUUCUCCGGGAUGGGAGCACUUCAUGGUGUACCGCAACAGGUUGGACGAACUCAUUUUACGGCGCCCUUUCGUCGCACGUUAUGCAGUCGGCUUUGCCGCUGAGCACAUUAUAGACAUGACCGGUGUCGCACGAUGGAUAGAAUUACUGUCCAAACAGAAGCAAAGAUGCUUCUAUGUGUUUCAAUUGGAUGGGAUUGGCAUUCUUCGGCAGCUGUUGUUUGAGGAGUUCCUCUACAGGAAGGUUGCACCGGUGGCCGGAAAUUGCGCAUUCUUUUUGGUAAAUAACCACAGUAGGACAGGCACCAAAGCCGUUGUUAUGGGUCUAGCUGGUAAAGCUCACCAGUUCGUUAGAGAUGUCAAUGAAACAAAAUCGAGGGGAAUAACGAUAAUAAGACGUUUCACAGGAGGAGGCACCGUUAUAGUAGAUGAAUGCAGUGUAAAUACUAGUUUGAUCGCGUCUACGCAGCUUGCUAAGGACAUAUCCCCGACUGACAUUUGCAGAUGGAGCUAUGACAACGUGUUCAGAGGUUGCGGAAUAUUCAACCAAAAGUUUAAAUGUAUUGAGGGGGACUUUGUGGUGGAAGAUCUGACUAAACUGGACUCUAAUGACGGUAGUGAAAUACGUGACCCUGCACAAUCUUCUCACAUCUACAAAGUGGCGGGCAAUUCGCAAGCUUUCAAUAACAAAGCGUUUGUCCAUCAUAGCGUUUUUCCUUGGAGCAUAUCACCCCUUAUAUCGCAAGUGCUCCUGCGUCCCACAAAAAUGCCGAAAUACAGAGACGGGCGGGACCAUAUUUCUUUCGUACGUAGCGUACGUAAGGCCUUAGACCCGGAUCAAUGUUUGAACACAGUGGACGAAUUCGAGGAAAUGUUGUGUAAAUGCGCGGGAUUGAAACUAUCCAACGAAUUAGAUCGCAGAGCGCACGUCAGGGUAUCAGUGGAUCGAAAGGCAACCGAUGACAUUGAUAAGAUUUUCCAAAAUGAUUCAACACACCUCUCAGAGGCAUUCAUUGACGAUGCCAUUGCAACAUUAGAAUCACCUGCUACUAUGAUAGUAUGA